GAGAGCUCGGCAGCAGGAUCGAGGAGAAGCAUGGCGGCGGCGGCGGCGGCUUCGUCAGCGCACGAUUGGUCCCGGCGCCCCAGCAGCAGCAGCAGCAGCAGCCCCAGCACCUAUUUCCAACGCGCCAGUCCGUUCUGGAUGGUGCUGAUCGCAGCCGGCAUGUCUUACUACGGCUGGGCAGUCAUCUCACCUUCAACAAUCCCUUAUGACUACCUAGGACCAUUAGCCACGUUAACAAAAUAUUUGGUGAAGAAUCAUAACAUUGUCUUCCAAUUAGGGUAUGUGAUUGCCUGGAUGGUUCACGUAUGGGAAGCAUUCUACGCUCUCAAGCUAUGCAAAACCAAAGGCAUCACAGACUUUUCAACUCAGCUUUGGUGGUUUGUUCAAACAUUUCUCUUUGGAGUAGCUUCACUUCACUAUCUGUUGCAAUACGAACCACAGAGGAAACAUGAAUGAAGGGCUCAACGGGAAUGCAGACACAACUUUUUGCUAUUGUGCUCAGUCUAAGGCUGGCUCUGCCCCUAAAUAAUUAGGCGUUUGAAUUACGGAACAUUCAUUCAUUCAUUCAUUCUUACAAAGAAGUCAUUGCCUUCUAGAUGUCUGCUUUGAUUUUGUAACUAUGGAUGAAGCAAGGAAACUGACUUCUGAAAUCAUUCUUACAAUUGUUAGAGGGGAGUAGCACUUUUAUAAUUAGGUCAGGGAAGUUCUAAAUAGUUCUCCCAGUUCUAAAUAGUUGAGACCAAAUGGCACCACCCACAGAUAGGUGUGAAGGCCCUGUUUAUGGAGGCAGACUAAAGAGUACAGAAGCCCAUUCCUGGAACUUUAAAUGAGCCUGAUCAUAGAAUUUGUAGCCUGUCAGCAGCCAUAGGCUUCCCUCCACAGGUCUAGCAUAACCCUAUUCAUAAGCUGAGCUGUGUACAUUGAAAGUGUACAGUGAGAUCAUUCCUGGGCAUCCGCCCUGGGCUCAACGUGCCCAGCCUGCUGGUCACCCUGUUUGGUUUGCACUGAUACAUUGGAUGUAAUGUGUAAAUGAAGUGUUGGUGUGUCUGGAGUCCAGCAUGGAUGGGCCCUAUUCAUCUAUGAGUCCUCCCAACAACUUCUUUUUCGGGUGAAGGGUCACUGAUUAAUCAGAUCUAUGCAUAUGCAUGUUAUGUACAGGGUUUCUACCUGUGUACAUGUUAUGUCCAGGGCGCAGCUGUGCCUGGAAGACAAGGUGGGCGGAGGUAAGUCCAGCCUAGACCACGUGCUAUCCCACUGCCUCACUGCACCUUCAUUUUGUGUCAUUUGUCUGACAUGGGAAUAGGGCUGAUUUUCAUUUUUCUCAUUUGCCAUUCCACCACCACCACCACCAAUAUUUAGCUGCAAUUGUCCACAGUGUUUUAAUUCUGUCCUUGUUGGGUUUCCAGUAUCAGCAGGUAGCCUGGUUGGCUUUUCUCUCAGUUCUCUCCCCACACGCCUUUCCAUGUUUAUUCAGAAGUACGUUCCAUUAACUUUAACACACACACACACACACAC